AUGAUUUGUCUUUGUGGACGCUCCAUUCAUGAGGAUCUUCGCUCGAAAGUCGACGGCUCGACGAAAUGUCUCGAUUACGAUACAUGGCAGGACUUCUCCACAGACAAUCAGAAUAAGAGGAUGCUUUCGUACCAUACUUUCAGAAGGAUGGUCGAUUCACUUUUGAAUGAAUCAGCUACAGAUGCUGUUAAUCUUCUCCGAACAGAUUUUAUUGGGUAUCUCGGCGAUAUAUCUAUCACAGACAUGGAACAACAGAGAUUGGCAGACUUCCUAACUGCAGAAGGGGUGCUGAUAAGACUUGAUGGCAGUAACUACCGUAUGGCCUCAGCAUUCAUUGACUCGUUUGUGAGGAGAUAUAUUAUCCCAUUAAAAUAUCCUCACGCUCCUUCAGAGUCACCCCCAAAGAAAAGAGGAGGAUCAUUGGAUAUUCUAGAGAUUAUGAAGAUUGCUCUUCGAUUUUUCGAUAAAGACUUGAUUUUGCAGGCGGAAGAUCGAUCAUACAAAAGUUCGGGAGAACAUGUCCCUCGAGAAAGCGUCUAUGACACGGAAUUGAUGAGAGUUCUCACCAACUGGCUAAACAAAACAAAAAAAUAUGAGAUCAUUGGCCAGUGGCACCUCCGUGAGCGUGAGGACCACAAAUAUAGUGACAUUGUCAUCAAGAAAGCAGGAAAACCUACGGUUGUUAUCGAGCUUUUGGCUACAGGGAGUCAAACUUCUAUUAAGGACCAUAUCAGCAAGACGCUAACUUACAAACGUUUACUCCCAGCAGAAGAAGCUUGGGUUGUUCAUUUUACCU